AUGGCAGAAAAAAAGACCCUACGGCGUCAGAAGAUUUCGAUGGCCAAAAUAGGAAAUGAAGAUGAUUUAUACUCAUCAUUUUCAAAGCGUCGGGAAACUUUAUACAAGAAAGCAAGCGAUAUUAUUAGAAAAUAUGACAUUGAUGUGGGAAUAGUAACAUUUUCCCCCUCUGAUAAUCCUUUCUCAUUUUUCCACUCUACAAUUGAUGCUGUUGUUGAUCGUUUUUUUAGUCCAUAUGCACUGGGAAGUGAAACUAGUUGCCUUAACAUUGCAAACACUCGGAUCAGAAUCAAGGAGAAACAAGUUGAACUUGACAAUCUUGAGAUCAUAGAAGAGACUUUAACUAAUUAG